AUAAAAUUUUCAGAAAACGAGUAAAGGGUUGAGUCAAAAUUUGUGGCAUGAAGAGUGGUGUUGUUAAAGAGAUCUCCGUAGCGGUUUAACGACUCUACAGCACCGUGUUUGGUUGGAAGAAAAUUGAAGUGACAGUGACAGUGACAGUGCACAUGAAGAGGCACUGGCGCAAUAGGAGUCACGACGACGGAACCCUCCCAGAUUCCGAUUCCGAUUCCGACACGCGCUCCAACCGGAGAUUCCCCCUCACGCGCCUAAUGGCCCUCUUUCUCUUUUCUCUCUUUCUCUUCUCUCUCACCUUCAUUCUUCCUCACCCUCACAUCCAAUCAUCUCAAACUGCAAAAUCUCUUCUCCAACUCAAGCAAACUCACCAAGGUGACACAUCUGAAUCUGUUGAGUUGUUAAAAGAUAAGCUACUUGGUGGCCUUAUAGCAGAUGGAUUUGAUGAAAAAUCUUGUCGAAGCAGGUAUGAUUCACUUACAUAUGGCAAACGACUAUCAGGAAAUCCUUCUUCUUACCUUGUUUCUAGAUUGAGAAAAUAUGAAGCUCUUCACAAAGAAUGUGGACCUUAUACUGAAUCAUAUAAUAGAACAGUGAGAGAUCUCAGGUCUGGUCAUGUAAGUGAGUCCUCAGCAUGUAAAUAUGUGGUCUGGAUUUCGUAUAGUGGGUUAGGGAAUAGGAUAUUGACCUUAGCUUCCACGUUUCUGUAUGCUCUCCUCACGGAUCGCGUUCUAUUAGUUGAUCCUGGAGUUGAUAUGGUGGAUCUUUUUUGUGAACCAUUUCCACAUGUUUCAUGGUUUCUCCCUCCUGAUUUUCCUCUCAAUAGUCAAUUUCCUAAUUUGGGUCAGAAAUCUGAUCAGUGUUAUGGGAAAAUGCUGAAAAACAAAUCAAUCACAGACUCCAUGGUGGUGCCAUCUUUUCUCUACCUUCAUCUAGUCCAUGAUUACGAUGAUCAGGACAAACUUUUCUUCUGUGACGGAGACCAAACUUUUCUUCAGAAAGUACCAUGGUUAUUGGUGAAAACAGAUAAUUACUUUGUCCCAUCUCUAUUCUUGAUGCCAUCUUUUGAGCAGGAACUGAAUAAUCUCUUCCCAAACAAGGAAACAGUUUUUCAUUUCCUGGGUAGGUAUUUGUUCCACCCCACAAACAAAGUAUGGGGACUUGUUAGCAGAUACUAUCAAGCUUAUUUAGCUAAUGCUGAUCAAAGAGUAGGCAUCCAGAUAAGAGUGUUUGACUCUGAAACUGGUCCAUUUCAACAUGUAUUGGAUCAAAUCUUAGCUUGUACUUUGAAGGCGAAUCUUUUGUCUGAUGUUAACCGGGCCGGAAAUAUUGUUAAUUCAUCAGGAAAGCCAAAGUCAAAAGCUGUGCUGAUGACAUCCUUGAGCUCUGGUUAUUUUGAAAAAGUGAGAGACAUGUAUUGGGAAUAUCCAACUGUGACAGGAGAAAUUGUUGGCAUUUACCAACCAAGCCAUGAAGGGUAUCAACAAACAGAGAAGCAGUUGCACAACCAGAAAGCUUGGGCAGAAAUGUAUCUCUUGAGCUUGACCGAUGAGUUGGUAACAAGCUCUUGGUCUACUUUUGGCUACGUGUCACAGGGGCUCGGAGGUUUGAAACCGUGGAUACUGUACAAACCUGAGAAUAGAACAGCUCCUGAUCCUCCUUGUCAACGUGCCAUGUCGACGGAGCCAUGCUUCCAUGCUCCUCCCUUCUAUGAUUGUAAGGCUAAGAGAGGAAUUGAUACUGGUGCACUUGUUCCACAUGUAAGGCACUGUGAGGAUAUGAGCUGGGGUCUUAAGCUUGUAGACAAAUAUAGUUGGCAAUAACUAGCUAAGGUCAUGAGUGCUAUCACGAAUGUGUCAAAACUCGUUUACAAAUUUUGCAAAUUUGUUGUACGAUAGAAUUAGUUAUUGAUUUUAAAUUAUAUUAUUUCCUAUAGAAACCAUAAAAUAGAAAAUUUUCUCGCUGUCGUCACUAUUUUUCUGUUAUGCACUUACCAUCUAUGGGAAUGACUAUGAUAAC